UGUUACCUGCCUACACAUUUAUUUCUCCCAUACCCCAUUACCCCAUCACCCCAUUACCUCACCCUCCCCAUUUCUCUCCCCAUUAAAAGCAAGGAGAGUGGGGAAUGGGAAGAGGAAUAGGAGGAAAGAGGGAGGGGAGGAGAGCGGCCAGGAAAGAGGAGGAGGAGGAAGAGGAACAAGAGGAAGAGGAGGAAGACUCGCAACUCUUGCCCAAAAUGAUCAUUCCAAAAAUUGUCAUUCAACAGGUGACGAUGGAGGAACAGCUGAUCUUCGGGGCGUUGCAGACCCUCAACGAGGAGGCGUGUGAGGACGUGUUGGAGGAGCAGGAGAAGAGAGGAGACACCCCUCAUCGUGCCCCCCAUUGGCGAGGGCGGAGAGGGUGAGGGCAGCGCGGGCGGGGGCGUGGUGAAGGAUCUGGAGGUGGUAUACUUGCAGUCCUCCCCGCUGGUGUCCCACAAGGUAGUGACGGCGCCCACCUCUGAUCAGGAGUCUAC